AUGGACGGUAGGACCCCUACCGUCGUUGCUGCGGCUGGCUAUCCGGUUGGGACCAUGCCCCUUGGAUACUCGUCGAACGCAUGGGAGACCCUUUGGAGCGUGUAUCAUCUCCCGUGCUGGCGGAGAGGCCAAUAUCCUCAAGGCUAUGAGUGCAUGGUACGCGACAAUGCCUGCGCGGAAGCCGCCACCUCAGCUGGUUGCCAGGCUGUAAGGCGGCAGUCGAACAUUCGAAUGGUUACUGUGUCUGGUUUGGUUGUCGAUCUGGCUUUCGUUAUGGACUAA